UUGCAACUGCACCUUCAACAACACAUCGUAAAGGCAGAGUACGGCUGCAGUUGUACAGCAGUAUCAUUUUCUGCGGCCAACAAUGGAACGGGAGAUGCUUUUUUAUCCAAAGUGGCACGGUGCGCUUUGGUUCGAGAUUUUGAUGAUAUUGUCGAUAUUGCAUGACACCAGCCCUGAGAUAACCUGCAGGUCGUGUCAGGUUGGAAAUGCGGGGCUUGCGCGGGAAUUGUGGAUGGAAUUUGCCACGAGCGAAAGUGUGACUGGAUUGAAAGAAGUUGACGGACGCAGCGACGGGGCUGCGGGGAGAUCCCGGGCUGCAAGAGACGCAACUCCAAGGCUCCGUCACGAACCGGAUCGGGCAGACGGGAAAACAGAAACGCUGCGCUCAAACGAUCGAGUCGGUGAUUUGAUCAAAGUUUCGCCGCACAACGGCAACGGCGGUGCGGACGGAACGCGCGGCAGAAGGAGCAGCGAUCGGAGCACAGUCGGACGCCCGGAUUCUGGAAGCAGAGUGACGCGCUCCGAACUGCGCUGGAGCGGCGAGCAAAGGAGAGCCGGCGGCGCCAGACAGGACGAGCUCCAACUUAACAGCUCCACGUUCGCCUUGAGCGGGGAUUCAUCUCACAACCAAGCGAUGGUGCACUGGUCUGGCCACAACAGCAGCGUGAUUUUGAUGCUGACCAAAUUAUUUGACUUCAACCUCAACAGUGUUACUGAGAGCUCACUAUGGAGGUCAACUGACUAUGGAGCAACAUACCAGAAACUGAAUGACAAAGUUGGAGCAAAGACAAUACUCAGUUAUUUGUACGUGAGCCCAAACAACAAAAGAAAGAUUAUGCUCUUAACGGAUACCGAAGUGGAGAACAGUCUUCUCAUCAGUUCUGAUGAAGGAGCAACAUACCAGAAGUACCGGCUGAACUUCUAUAUCCUCAGCCUGCUCUUCCAUCCCGAGCAAGAGGACUGGAUUCUGGCUUAUAGUCAUGAGCAAAAGCUCUACAGCUCAGUGGAAUUUGGGAGGAGGUGGCAACUGGUACAUGAGAGAGUGACUCCAAAUCGUUUUUACUGGUCAAAAAUGGGUUUGGACAAGGAGCCGGGUUUGAUUCACCUGGAAACCGCCAUCUCUGAAGGACAGGCACUGUAUGUCACCUGCAAGCUGCAGAACUGCACAGAUGCCAACAAGGGCAAACCAUUCCCUGGCUACAUUGACCCCAAUUCUCUGGUGGUUCAAGAUGAGUAUGUGUUUGUCCAGGUGUCAACUACAGGGAAGCCAAUCUACUAUGUGUCUGCGAAGAGAGAUGUCUUUACUCCAAUGAAACUGCCAAAGUACACUUUUCCCAAGGACUUGCAUGUCAUCAGUACGGACGAAAAUCGAGUAGUGGCAGCUAUACAGGAGUGGAACCAGAAUGAAACCUAUAAUUUGUAUGUGUCUGACACAUCAGGUGUCUUUUACACUCUGGCUUUGGAGAAUGUUGUCAGUAGCAUGGGCCCUGAAGGAAACGUCAUGGUUGAUCUAUAUGAGGUGGCAGGAAUAAAAGGCAUGUUCUUGGCCAACAAAAAGGCAGAUAAGCAAGUGAAGACACAUAUUACCUACAAUCGAGGCAGAGACUGGAGGUUAUUGCAGCCUCCAAGCAAAGACCUGCAAGGCAAUAGCAUACACUGUAUGCCACCAUAUUGUUCAUUGCAUCUUCAUCUUCAUGUCUCUGCAAAUCCCUACACAUCUGGAAACAUAGCAAGUAGGGACUCAGCGCCUGGAAUCAUUGUGGCAUCAGGUUCCUUUGGUUCUGAGCUGACCACCAGCAAUGUCAGUGUGUACAUAACGUCGGACGCAGGCAACACAUGGAGACAGAUCUUCAGUGAGGAGUAUGCAUUGCUGUAUCUUGACCAAGGAGGAGCCUUAGUUGCAAUAAGACAUACUCCACUUCCCAUCAGACACUUGUGGUUGAGCUUUGACGAAGGACGGCAGUGGAACAAGUACAGCUUCACCAACACACCUCUGUUUGUGGAUGGUGUGCUCGGAGAGCCAGGGGAGGAGACACUCAUCAUGACGAUAUUUGGCCACAUCAGUCAUCGCUCAGAGUGGCAGUUAGUGAAAAUAGACUUCAGGUCCAUCUUCAACAGGAGAUGCACAGAGGCCGAUUAUCAGACGUGGCACCUUCAUAAUCAGGGGGAGCCCUGCCUGAUGGGAGUGAAAAGAAUCUAUAGGAAGCUGAAGCCCACUUCCAGGUGUGUGAUGAGAAAGCUGUACUUGACUUCAGUGUCGUCAGGUCCUUGCGACUGCACAGAAGCUGACUUUGAAUGUGAUUAUGGCUAUGAGCGACGGACGAAUGGGAAGUGUACUCCUGCCUUUUGGUUUCAUCCAUCAGUAAUGUCCAGAAAUUGCACAACAGGGAUGACCUUCCUGAACAGCACAGGCUACAGGAAGGUGGUUUCGAACAACUGUACCGCUGGAGUCAUUGUGGAGUACACAGCCAAGAGGCAGCAAUGUCCCAUGCAAGCACCCAAAGGUCUCCACCUGGUCACCAGUGAGGGUACACUGUCAGCUGAACUGGGCACGAAUGUCACCUUUCUCAUUUUUCUGGAGCAGGGUGACGGGGCACGAACAAGCAUUACACUGGACUUCGGGGAUGGUCACGCUCUGACAUAUUCUAAUCUGAGCUCCAUUGAGGAUGGGAUAAAACACAUCUACAAAAACGCAGGGAUCUACCGGGUGACUGCUGUGGGGAAAAAUAGCCUUGGCACAGAGACUGCGGUUCUCUACCUGCACAUAAUAUGUCAGCUGGAAUUCAUCUAUCUCUCAGCUCCCUUUGUGACUGUGAAGAAUAAAGAGGUGAACCUGACAGCGAUUCUGUGGCCGAGCCAAGUGGGAACGGUUACCUAUAUCUGGUGGAUUGGAAAUAGCACUAAGCCCAUAAUCACCCUAGAGGCCAGUGUGACAUGUACAUUUUCCCAGGAAGGCAUCAGUACAGUCACAGUGCAGGUGUCUGCAGGGAAUACUAUUCUGCAGGAAAGAAAGGCCAUCUCGGUCCAUGAAUACUUUCAAUCUCAUCUGCUGACGUUUUCUUCUAACCUGGACGACCACAACCCUGAUGUUCCAGAAUGGAGGCUGGAUGUGAGCAGAGUCAUCAAGAAUUCGCUUAUACAGGCCACAGGUGUGAAUGGGGAUCAUCUUCUGGUCACUGUUCUCCCCGGUUUGCCUACAACAGCAGAGUUCUUCCUCCUGCUUGACGCACAGCUAAUUGAAGCGGAACACAAGAAGAAAUCUACACAUUUAAAUCAGCUCUCUGAGAUGAUGCUGAGUGCCUUGAAUCAAAAUCUGGUUCAGUUCACCCUGCGGCCUGGGGUCCAGGUCACUGUUUAUGCAGCACAUCUAUCAGCAGCACCCUUAGUGGACAGCAGCGAGAACCACAGUACAUCUGCAAUGCUGAUGCUGCUAUCAGUUGUGGUUGUGGGUUUAGCUGUAUUUAUCAUCUAUAAAUUCAAGAGGAAGAUCCCAGGCCUCAACGUCUAUGCGCAGAUGCAGAACGAAAAGGAACAAGAAAUGAUCAGUCCAGCUAAUCCAACAGAGUCCACGCCCAGCCCACAGCGGGACGUGGUUCAUUCUUUGGAGACUUUGGACACAGCGUUUAACUCACGGCUCAUCGGAUGUAAGAAACAUCAUGUUCAUGUGAAAGUCUCUACAGAACUUCCCACAUGCGUCCUCUAAACUGUGGACUGGAACACCACUCCUGCUGCAUCAUAUAUUUGUUGUCAAUAAUUUGGGACUGUGUUUUAUACCUGUGCAUGUUGGACCUUACUGACACACAGUGUGCUCUAUUACAAACCAGAGAAAAAAUGUGUAAGUGUUGAUUUUUCUUUCAACACAUUCAAUCAAUAUUUUUUAUUACAUCAUAAUUUAUACAAGCCACGCCAACAAUUCAAUUGCAUCAUGAUCAAGAAGGUGACAAAUGUCAUAAAAAGUAAGUUUUUGGUUUUGCCUACCAGAGAAGACUGAUUAUAUGCUAUGUGAAGCUAAUAGUUAAACUAUAUUAUUUAUUCAUAUAUGAAUAUAAAUUUGUUAUUGAAGUAAAUGACAUCUAAUUUGUAUAUCAUGAAUGUCAAUCUAUGUUAAUAAUAUACAGUAUGUAUUUCAAUAAGUGUUAUAUAAAACAAAAAUGUUGGUCAUAAUUAUGAAUCGGAUACAGUACUUUAUUUCCACCGCUGCAUUGUUUUUGGAAAACAUGGCACAAUACACAUUUUCUAUUUGUAUGUUUUUCUUUAUGAACAGUGUGUGGUUUUCUUGAUUCAUUUGAACCUUGUUGUUAAACUCAUGCUUCUCUUCCUGAUUGACACUAUUUGGUAGCGAGAAGGAGAGAUGGGGAAAGAAGAGGAUUUGAGAAAGAUGGAAGUGUAUUUUCAGACGUCUCCUAUUUCCACCUUGUGUGUGGAAUCUGACAGACAUAAAACCGUCUUUUAAUAUGUAAUAGUACAAAUACUAAAUUACUGUACUUAGUUCGAAUCUUCGCAAAUCUGUACUUCAUUAUUUAUAUUUCUGGCAAGUGCCACUUUUACUUUUCCAAAAUAAAAUGUAUACUUUUACUCUGACACAUUUCCCUUAAACAUCUUCAUUACUACAAAAUAAAAUCUUAAGAUUUUUUUGUUGUUGAUGUAAUGACUAAAUUCCAGAGGACAAAGUGGAACAAUGGUGUAUCCCACCUCUCGCCCCGAGUCAUCUGGGAUAGGCUCAACUCAUCUGAGACCCUGAGUAGGAUGGAUUACUUGAAAAUCUGAAGAAAUAAAACUCGAACAGAUUACCAGAACAGAUUGUGUUUAACUUGGUGGUUUUGAUUUUAGAAGCACUAAAUUUUAUUGGAUGAAAAGGUGCCAAUGAUUUAUUGUAUACUGUAGCAUAUAAAUAUGCAAUGAUUUUGUGUGCAUUUAA